GGCAUGUCAGCGGCAUUGCUGACCACUGCACUUCGUAGGAGCGGGAAUUCGAAUCUUGCAGUGGAGUAUUCCACAAGCUCUGCUGAGAUGGAGAGGGGAAUCAUGUCUCCUGAGUCGACGUUGAGCCAAGAAUCCGGCUCCAGCGUAUCUUCUGAUGGGUGGACGCCUCAAAGCGCGAACCAUGCCUACUUCCAUACCUAUGCAAGGACGGGCUGAUCAUGCAUUUUGAAGAACAAGGGGACUAUGACUCCUUUUUCUGAUCCUUUGCAACGCAAGUCCUGCUAUGAGAUACCCUAUUUAUUUACACGGGUCACAUUAUAUCAGUUCGAAUCCAGGACAUUGUAUUCGCCCUGCUUGCGAAUUGUACAUAUGAAGAAUGUGAUCAUCGAUCCAGCCCGAUCGGCUCAUCCUCCCGUCUGGUCGUCGAGGUCAGCGGGCGGGCCUCGUAGCUCCAAUUUUAUAAACCUCAGUCCAGCUCAUCCAGGAAUGACCUGCGGCAGGCUGCGCGAUCAAGAAGGGAUGCGGGGGUUUUCACUGAAGACUUGCGGUCGAUCACUGGCUCAAACGUGUAGGGCAUAUCAUGAUACUCACUUGUCCCGCAUUGAUGGUAGGAUCACGAGCGAAGGGCAUAUCAUGAUACUCACUUAUCCCGCAUUGAUGGUAGGAUCACGAACGGACUCGGGGAUCGUUUGCCGCGUGACCCUGGCCGAGCGUCGGCCAGCCUAUUAAAGCCGAGGCAACUCCGGGGCAAGCUUUAAUGUCAAGACAACAAAAUAAAGCGACUAGAGUGUGCAAGUCUGGCGGCCUACCUAUGGUCGUCGUAACUCGAACGGGCGAAGAUACUGUCGAUUUCAUCUGUCGUACGGCGAUACCUGUCGAGUGUCAGUCGACAUAUCUUACGAUAUUGGUGGAAGCAGAGCUCACUGAAGUGCUCGAGAACUUAUCGCAAUGUCGU